UUUUCGUGUGUUUCGUUUCUGAGUUCCGAGUCUUCCGACUGACUGACAUUUGGAAUUUGGACCGCCCAAGAGCCGUUUGGCCGAGAGAAAGAGAGGAUCACAUCGUCAAAGAUUGAAAGAUGCUGAGGGUGAAGCGUCUAAUGAAGGCUCGCCUAUGUAACACGAUCGGAAAAGCUGCACUUACGAGGCUCCUCAGAGGAAGCCAUGAAGAAGAGCUCUUCUUUCUCCCUUCACAGAAGACUUUCCGUCGCUCCCUCGACAUCUACCAGAUCGGCAACAAAUCUGCCAUUGAGAAGGAGCGCGCUAGACUUGCAGAUGAAAUGAAUAGAGGAUACUUCGCUGACAUUUCUGAGCUCAAGAAACAUGGUGGUAAGAUUGCAAUGGCGAAUAAAAUUAUAAUUCCAGCCAUUUCUGCUGCGAAGUUUCCCACAAUAGAAGUGAACUUCUCGGAUGGGAAAAGUAUUAAACUACCGAUUGUCUCUGAAGGAAAUGGAGUUAAAGCUAACGAAAUGGUUGUACCCGCGGCAUCUUUACUGUGUCUUUCAUUUCGAGCAAGCUCUCAGGCAAUGAUCGACUCUUGGACUGUACCAGUUCUGGAAGCAUUUAGGGCAUCGAGUAAUCUUCAGAUAUAUGAGGUUUCGUUUAUAGACUCUUGGUUGUUAUCCAUGAGUCCCAUAAAGCGACUGCUUCUUCGGAUAAUGCGGAAGUCCAAUGCUGAUGAAAAGAACAAUGCUCUCCAAAGGCAAUUUGUAUAUUCAUUUGGCGACCACUAUUACUUCAGAAAAGAGCUUAAAAUUUUGAACCUUCUGACAGGGUAUAUUUUCCUGCUGGACAAGUUUGGUAGAAUUAGAUGGCAAGGUUUCGGAUUGGCAACAAAAGAGGAGUUGGUAUCACUGCUGUCAUGCACAUCCCUUUUAUUAGAAGAGAAAUGAUUCAACUUGCUUGCAUAGGUGAUCAUAAACCCGUAUUUUGACUUGUGUAAGUGUGCAACUUUAAGCACAUGCUUGGAAGAAAGAAGAGAAUUCAAGAGAAGGUAAUUUCCCAAAUAAUGUCAAAUUCUUUAGUUGUUAAUGCUGCUUGUUUUGGUUAAGUUGUUGAGAAUAGUUUGGAUAAACUUGUGGAUGAACUCUUCAGCACUGUGUAACCUCUGAACUUGCGAAAUAAAAUAUAAAUUUUGCAGAGAA